AUGGGAAGCCAAGUGUCGGCAGAAGCAUUGAAUACCAAGUUACCAGAAAUGAAAGGUAACCCUCCACCAGAAUGUCCAAUGCACAAUAAAGACGCCAAAGAAAAAAAUGAAGCUAAACCGAAACCCUCCGAAUGUCCAGUGCAACAUGAUAAUAACAUCAAUCCCUAUAAUAUGAUGCCACCAGCUAAUCAACAACCUGCACCUGAUCAACCAUUUCCACUGCCAACCAAUCGUCAAGUUUCAACUAUUCCGCGGGCUAUGCCUGACGGUUCAACAGAAUUUUGGGUUUAUCCUAGUCAGCAAAUGUUCUGGAAUGCUAUGCUGCGUAAAGGCUGGCGUUGGAAGGAUGACGAAAUUAAGGAAAAAGAUAUGGAGGAUAUAAUAAAAAUCCAUAAUGCUAACAAUGAACAAGCUUGGCAAGAAGUUCUAAAAUGGGAAGCUCUGCAUGCUAAGGAAUGCGGACACCCAAGACUUAAAAGCUUUGGUGGUAAAGCCACAGACUAUAGUCCGAGAGCUAGAUUCCGCUCUUGGUUGGGAUAUGAACUACCAUUUGAUCGUCAUGACUGGAUUGUCGAUAGAUGUGGCAAAGAAGUGCGUUAUAUCAUUGAUUAUUACGAUGGAGGAGAAGUUGAUAAUAAGUAUCAGUUUGCUUUGCUUGAUGUCAGGCCUGCAAUAGAUUCAUUUGAAAAUGUUUGGGACAGAAUGAGAGUUAUGUAUAUGAGAUACCGCUAUGAAAUAAUUGGUGACAAGAAACAAAACAAAUUGACUAAUUAA